ACUUUGGACGGUAUCUACCUGACGAUCUUUUCCAGCGAGGAGUAACUAAGUUCAUUGAGAAAUUCCAAGUACAAGAUGAUGAGCCUAAACUGUCUUAUGAGCAUGUGGAGUUGAAUAUCGAUCAAUUUCACAAAGUGGUUAUGAGUGUAGCAACAAUGAGGAAUCGUCGUAUGUUUAAAACAACGAUCGCAAUCUUGGAACCCAGUCAGCAAGAUGAGCCCUCACUGACAGUGUGUAGGAAGGUACUGAGUUUCCUUGAAAAGGAACUAAAGCUAUUUUGUCUGAGUGGUGUACGAGGCAUUGAAUUGACGAGGUACAUUGCUUGCCAAUGCAGUUCAGACUCGGGUAACGCCCACAUGCAAAUUGUGCGCACGUUUGACCAGGAUGUGCUGCCAUGUGGAAGCAAUAUAUUGAGGCGUUUUCGUCGACUAUUUGGAGAUGACAUGCCACGAGUGCAAGAUCGUCCACAGUCUCAGCAAGUAGUACAUAUACCAACAGGUUUUGUGGAUGACGCCACCAUUGUGACAGUUUCUGAGGAAUUGAGUCUUGGCUGGAGAAGGUUUGGUGUCCGUUUGGGACUUAAGUGGUCGAAAGUGAACAGUUUCAAUGCUGAUGGUACACAGAUUCAUAAGGCUGCCGAAAGUAUGAUGAAUUACUGGAGGAGCAACAUCAGUAGCGAUAUUCAUCAACGUAAAGUGUUGUGCACUGCUCUGAAACACCAUGAGCUCAGUCAACUAGCUGAAGAAUUGUUUGAGGGUGAAAUUAACGAAAAUCUCGUCACUCAGCAAGCAGGAAAAUGUUUUAGUGAUCAAGGUUUGCUGUUCAUUUGUGACGACCUGAAUUCCCUACAUUGGAGGAGACUGGGAGUGCGUCUUGGACUCAAGUGGAGCAAAAUUAAUAAGAUAGCAAAAGACAACAGAUUGGUGGAAGACCGCAUCAUGGAAUUGCUGGUUACUUGGAGAAAUGACCAAUCAAAGUGCCAACAAGUACCAAUCAUGGUGAACGCUUUGAGACAACAGAAGCUUGUUGGACUAGCACGAGAUGUAUCUGAAAGGCAUGGCUACAGUGAUGAGUCAGAAGUUGCACAAACUGCGACAAAUAAAAAAAAUCAAACACUAGAGCAUGGUUGCUUAGAUGAUACCGACAUGUUGAUUAUCUCUGAGAGUCUUGAUAAUGACUGGAAGUAUUUUGGGAUUUACUUAGGUUUGAAAAGAUCUGAAAUAAAUCUAAUUCAGUUAGACUUUUCACCACCAAUUGUAGACGCCUCUAUUGAAAUGUUGGUACAGUGGCGAGAAAGACAGAAAGCUGAAAUAAAUCAUCUCAAAGCAAUUACUGAAGCACUGAACAAACUUGAACGAAUAGAUAUCAAGGAAGAACUUGAGUCAUACUACCAGAACAAAUACAGAAAAACUGAAGCAAAGGUGUAAAGAACAUUUUAAAGAUGAUAACAGUGCAAUAAAAAAAUGACACCAGAAUAUAAUUUUACCAUGGUUACAUACACCAUAGUCCACAUUAGGUCACUUUUUAAUCAAGAAAUUAUAUUUUGCUCGCAUUUUGAUCAUCCAAACUGCAUACUUUUGAUGCUGUCAUCCAGGACUGUAGAUAUUGAAUACAAAAUAUACUGAAAACAUUAGUUUCAACUUUUUCUUUGGAUAAUUAUGUAUAUAUAAACCGAAAGGUCCACUGAUUAAUCUCAGAUAAGAAAGUAUAAUACAUACUCCAAGUAUUGAAAUCCUGAUGAUCACAUAAUAUCGAAAUAUAGCAUUUCAAUACUUGGAGUAUGUAUUAUACUUUCUUAUAUGUAUAUAAAGUGUAUGUACGUUUUUCUAUAUUGAUUAUGCAAUUUAAAUGAUAAAUUGUUACUUAUAUUAAAGUUCAAAUUAAUAUUAUUCAAUAAAUAUGAUACACCAUUUGUGAUGGCAUCGUGAAGAAAACAAUUCUUAAUAAACAAUUUGUUUUACAAAUUUACAAACAUUUUAUUACUCUGAUUAUGGAAAAUUCAACACUUAUUAUGUACUUAAUUUUUCCUCUAGCACUGACUUUGAAGUUUCAAUGCGUCUUUAGUUUAUAAUGUUCAAAGCCCAAUUCAGAAAGCGUCAUGCAUUGCAGCCCGACACGUUUAAAUUUGUUGUCGCGUUGAGUACGGUCACAUUGUGGAAUAUGAAACAUUUACUAUGAUCAUGACCUUAAGUCUGUCCCCGACGAUAUAUUACGUUUGAAUGUGUUGUACGCCGCUGACCGGGUUGGGCUUUAAAUGAAAUAUAACUUAGUAAAUUAUCUUAUGCUGAUCUCGCAUACUCUUCUGCAGUAUACUCAGCACUGCACAUCCAAAAAUACUUUGGAAAAGAAUGUUGCAAGUAAAUCGGGUAGAAUUGAACCCACGACCUCCAGAUAAAUGUGCUUAAUGGGUUGUGAAACAGUAGCAGCUCCAGGAAUUGCCCGACAGGGAGGUUCCCAUGCCCCCAACCAGAGCAAAUUGGGCGUGGUCAGGCAUUACUCAAAAUCUUUCAAAAGUGGUCCAGGGGCAAACCCGACUGAAAAAUUUGACAAUUUAGGGCUUAUUUAGGCUUAUUUAAUCGAUUUUAGAAUGGGAACUUGGGCGGAUGCAGGAGUACAGAUGGUGCGAUCAUACCCCUAAAUUGUGUCACGAAAAAUAAUUGUUGCCAUGAACUAUUGGUAAAAUUUUUAAGGUAUGA